GGCGCGGCCGGCGGGUUUCCCAGGGCUACAGCCUGCGCCGCCCGCUCGUUCGCCGCCGUGCGCCAUGGCGGGCUGCGCGGCGCGGGCUCCGCCGGGCUCCGAGGCGCGCCUCAGCCUCGCCAACUUCCUGCUGGGCGCCUCGGUGCUGGCGCUGCCGCUGCUCACGCGCGCCGGCCUGCAGGGCCGCACCGGGCUGGCGCUCUACGUGGCGGGGCUCAACGCGCUGCUGCUGCUGCUGUACCGGCCGCCGCGCUACCAGAUAGCCAUCCGAGCUUGUUUCCUUGGCUUUGUGUUUGGCUGCGGCAUGCUGCUAAGUUUUAGCCAGUCUUCUUGGAAUCACUUUGGCUGGUAUAUGUGCUCCCUGUCAUUGUUCCACUAUUCUGAAUACUUAGUGACAGCAGUCAAUAAUCCCAAAAGUCUGUCCUUGGAUUCCUUUCUCCUGAAUCACAGUCUGGAGUAUACAGUAGCUGCUCUUUCUUCUUGGAUAGAGUUCACACUUGAAAAUAUCUUUUGGCCAGAACUGAAGCAGAUCACCUGGCUCAGCGUCACAGGGCUGGUGAUGGUGGUCUUUGGAGAAUGUCUGAGGAAAGCAGCCAUGUUUACAGCUGGCUCCAAUUUCAACCACGUGGUGCAGAAUGAAAAAUCAGAUACUCAUACUCUGGUGACAAGUGGAGUGUAUGCUUGGUUCCGGCAUCCUUCUUACGUUGGGUGGUUUUACUGGAGUAUUGGAACCCAGGUGAUGCUGUGUAACCCCAUCUGUGGCGUUGGCUAUGCCCUGACAGUGUGGCGAUUCUUCCGAGAUCGAAUAGAAGAAGAAGAAAUCUCAUUAAUUCACUUUUUUGGAGAGGAGUACCUGGAGUAUAAGAAGAGGGUGCCCACAGGCCUGCCUUUCAUAAAGGGAGUCAAGGUGGCGCUCUGACAGGCGGGGGGUCGGUGACUGUGGGGCCCCUGACCCUGUGCAACAGCUCAGGACAAAACUGCUUCCGGUCGGCCACUGCAGAAUGAAUUUUCUUAAUCAUUUUAUAUGUCACUAACUAACUCUUCUGGAAUGUUAUUUAAGACCAAAUGGUCAGAAGGCCUUAGGACCAAAGGACCCACCGGAAAAAUCUAUUCUUGUGCUGAAUCAAGGUGGGACGUAGAUGAAAGAUGAAUAAGAAGCAAAUCACAGCAAUAUUCAACAGUGCCCCUUCAAAGUGACCUGGUCAGAACUGAGGCCACGCUCCACUGCCCCUCAGGCCAGAGUGUGAGUAAGUUGUGACCAGGACUCCUUGGGAGAGGUGGACUCUCUGCUUCCAGUAAUGCUUCUACAGCAGAAAGGGGUAGUGCGCAUCGCUGCUUAUCAGCAUUAAAAAUACAUCUAAAACCUUUAAUUUAACUGAAAAACACAGCACAGCUUUAACCUCUUUAUUUCUGUCCUUCAGUGCAUGAACAUCUAUACGGUUUUAAAGAUACUUCCUUCUACAAUGCUUUGGCUCUAAAUAGAUUUAAUUGUAUUUACAUAUCUAUUGUUUAUAAGUAGCAGUACACAUUCAAAGGGGACUCGGUGUUUCUAGCUCCAACUUUUAUUUGGCAGCAAGUAAGCAUAGACACCUCCAGACAGUUUGGCCAAGUGUGGCUUUAUGUGACCGAAGCUGAGUAUGGCCAGUGUGGCCGAGUGUGGCCAAGGGGACUGUGGGCCCCUGUGGGUUUCCUGGGGGCUUUGGCUCCUGCUCCCUUCCUGUCAUCAGUGGCAGGUGGGUCAAGAAGUGUCAUUUUUCCCUGAUCCAAGACGUGCUUACUGAAUGCCUGCUCUGAGCAAGGUGUUGUCAAACAUUGAGAAAUACUGCUCUCCAUUUAUUUGGGAUUUUAUUCUCAUUUUACCAUAGCUUAUAUUUUUGUGUUUCAAUGUAAAUCUAUUAACUGUCGUUUACUAUGUUCUGUUCUUAAAAUUACCUUGUCCCUAAUGUUAUUUCAAACUGUUUUCCAAAGGGGUUUGAGCAUAUACAACUACAAACUCAAGCAAAUCGACUCCCGAGAAUAGUCUUAAAUAGAGCAAAUAAGCCCAUCUGAGAUUCAGUCAGUAUUUUUAUUUUGCAGGUUUGAGGAGAGUAGUUGGCUUUAUGAGUCAAACAUAGAAGCUUUAAGAGGUGAGACCCUUGUUUAAUUCUGGACGAGACAGGAACUUGGCCUCAGUGUGAGAUCCUUCCCUGCAGUUUUGCGGUGGCACUAAUGAAUUGUGAAUGUGAAGGCGGCGGUGGCAGGUGGCCAGAGUGCUGCUCUGCCACCCCACCACGCGGCUUGUGAGGAGCCACUAAACCUUUCUGUGCCUAGACCUCCCCAUCUGUAGAAUGGGGUCAAUACCACCUACCUCACAGGGGUGUUGUGAGGACUUAGAAGAACAAUAUCAAACAUCUUUAAUACUUGGAUGAGAGAGACGACGUCAAUGAAAUCUAUACAAUAUAAAAGCUAUACAAAAAUGGGCAGACAUUUGGUUAACUGUGCCAGAUUCCUAAAAUGUGUGUUUGAAAAGAGCAUUCUACCAACUCAGAAAUAAGACUUAUUUCU